CUUACAUUCCUUAUUUUCAUAUCUUCGUUUUCCUUUCAAGACUUCCCUUCGUGUUUGUCUUAUAGCAUUAGCAUCGAGGAAAAUACAUGGGAUAGUUUAGUGCUUUGGACAAUGUAACCAAAGUUUCUAAUUUUGGACCCUUCCUUUGCGGAAACUCCCAAUCCAUGGCCUCUCACACGAGAAUUUUCCUCCAUAUUCAACACUUUUCCUUGCUGUCCAAAACCUGCACUUUACCCCUAUCAAUUAUGCCAACAUUUUUUUCCUUCCGUUAGAGAAAAAAGAAAAAAAACAGAAAAAACAGAAAAAGGGAAUACCCCCAAUCAAAUCUGUUUCACGAGUUGCAAUUUCAUCAAAUCUGUCCCAUUAUUAUUUUUUUCUUUUUUGUAUUUUCUGGGACAUUUUUCAUGGCUCUUUGUUGAUCCCAAAUCCAGGUUCUUACCCUGUAAUGCAUCAUCAAGAACUAUAGUUCCUAAAGGUAAGGCUGCAAAUCUUUUGAUUAGUUCAGCAACCGUUUCUUGAAUCCCCUGGGAAAAUUUCUGUUGAUUUCUCCAAACAGGGCCGUUUUCUCCAUGGCCUAAUUAUACGAUUACCUGAUGAUGCAUUACAAGAAUCAGCAACUUAUAUAUAGCCAAGAAGAAUUUUUCUUUUCAAUUUCUUGGAUGAAUCGAAUCAAUUAUAGACUCUGUUCUUCCAUGAUCACCUUCAUUCCUUCACUCUGCCUCUUGGGAUUCAUUCAAUUAUGCAUUAGGAGGUCGGGAUUCUUGUAAAAAAAAUGGCAUACCCUAUUAGCUCGACGAGGUCUCAGUCAAUGUCCGUUUCCCAAUCUUCUUCAUUAUCACAAAGAUUAACAACCGAUGAUCCGGUGACAUCGAAAAAUCCUCAGAGCACGGUAACAUGCAUUUACCAGACGCACAUUGGCGGGUCUUGGCGAAACGUGACGGUUUUGUGGAGCAAGAAUUUGAUGAAUCAUUCCCUUAACAUAACUGUAGAUAGCGUAGACAGUGAAUUUCCCCAGAGUUGCAAAAUUGACUUGAAACCCUGGCAUUUCUGGGCUAAAAAAGGGUACAAAACGUUCGAGGUCGACGGGAAUCAACUCGACGCGUACUGGGAUCUCCGGUCGGCCAAAUUCUCCGGUUCCAGCCCGGAACCCUGUUCGGAUUUCUACGUAGCCCUGAUUUCCGAGGAGGAAGUGGUGUUGUUAUUAGGGGAUUACAAGAAAAAGGCGUAUAAACGGACAAAAUCGAGGCCCGCGCUGGUGGACGCGGUGUUGUUCUUCAAGAAAGAGCAUGUUUUUGGGAAGAAAUCGUUUUCCACCAGGGCGAAAUUCGAUCACAGGAAGAAAGAACACGACAUAGUUGUCGAAAGCUCGACGUCGGGACCCCGCGAUCCCGAAAUGUGGAUCAGCAUCGACGGGAUCGUGCUGAUCCACAUAAGGAAUUUGCAGUGGAAAUUCAGGGGGAAUCAAACGGUGUUGGUGAAUAAACAGCCGGUCCAGGUGUUCUGGGAUGUGCAUUCAUGGUUAUUUUGUAGCCCAGGAUCAGGGCAUGGAUUGUUCAUAUUUAAGCCAGGGCAAGCAGAACAAGGAGGAGGAGGAGAUAGUAGUGACAAAGACAGCAAUUGUACUGGGGAUAGUAAUAGCAGUGCAGCCAGUGCUGAUAGCCGGUAUUAUUCUACACAAAGCCAUUCAAAAGGUUCACCAUUUUGCCUUUUCUUGUAUGCCUGGAAGAUCGAAUGAGAUUAUUAUUAGUCUUGAAGAAGAAGAAUGUUUCAUGUUGUUCAAUAUUGGAGAGAGGCUAAUUAAAGGAAAAAAACAAGAAAGGGUAUACAGAGAUAUUUGUUGCAGUUGCCUGUAUUAUCUGAAUAGAGCAUGUUUUACAUUGGGUUUAAUUCAUCCAGUUUGAUGCUUAGUUGUACUUGUAAAACUAUUCACUGUAAUAUUUGGGUCAUUUCUGGCGAUCGACUGUCUAAAACUGUUCCAAGUAUAAAGAUCUCUCUGUCUUGGCAUCC